AUGACGACUGCAACUGUGGUAGAAGCCAUGAUGCUGCUAAGGUUAUGGGUCACGGUGUCGAAGGCGGAGAGCGGCAGCUGCCGUGAUGUCGUGGAGACUUGGAUCCAUCGCGGAUUGCGUCGUCAUGGCGAUCUUGCUUCUCGUACGCUUGCUUCCAACCAUGGUUAUUUGGAAGCCUUCGGUUAA